AUGUAAAUACAACCAAAAUGUUUCUAUAGCGCGAGGUCUCGUCAAUUUGUUGAGAACCGCGAAUCUCCGUUCGGGCCACCGAACGCUUCUUGGAGCCGAUUAUCCCCGACGACCUCACAGGCACAGGUUCAGGAACACUAAAAUCGCCGUCGAAAGUUGACGUUGUCGCUUGGUCUCUUCUAAAUUAAAUGGCGGCUCAGUGUCUCCAUUUUCGAAACUCCACUCCCAGGAUCCUCACCAGCCACACAACACCUCAAUCAGUGUAUUCGGUUUCGAACAAGUCUCUUACAACUCUCCAAACCUUAGAACCCUCUAUCGAACCCUAUCAAGAACCAAUCGCAACUCCUCCUCUCCCUGAUUCAUUGUUGGUGGAGAAAAUUAUCUUCAGCUUGAAGCGAGGUAAUACGAAUUCUUUUAUUAAUUAUCAGUUUCGCUUAAACCCAUCAAUUGUAGUCGAAGUUGUCCAUCGUUGCCGCGAUAAUUUGAACCUGGGUCAAAAGUUUGUUGAAUUUGUUACGCAUAAUUGUCCCAAUCUUAAGCAUUCAUCGGUAUCCUUGAGUGCUAUGAUCCACAUUUUGGUGCGGAGUCGAAGAUUAUCCGAUGCCCAAGCAUUGAUUCUGAGGAUGGUAAGGAGGAGCGGUAUUUCGCGAGUCGAAGUCGUGGAUUCUUUGUUUUCUACUCAUUCUGCUGUCUGCUCAAAUACUUUGGUGUUUGAUUUGUUAGUUAGGACAUACGUGCAAGCUAGGAAAUUAAGGGAAGGGGCAGAGGCAUUUCGGGUGUUGAGGGGCAAAGGGUUUUGUGUCUCUAUAAAUGCGUGCAAUAGUCUUCUUGGUGGACUUGUUAAGGUGGGUUGGGUUGAUUUGGCGUGGGAAGUGUAUAGAGAAGUCGUAAGGAGUGGAGUUGAGCUGAAUGUUUAUUCACUAAACAUCAUGGUUAAUGCACUAUGUAAAGAUCAAAAGAUGGAUAAUGUUAAAUUGUUUUUAUCUGAAAUGGAAGAGAAGGGGGUUUUCCCGGAUAUUGUGACGUAUAAUACAUUGAUCAGUGCAUAUUGCCGAGAAAAGCUCCUUGAUGAAGCUUUUGAUUUACUGAAUUCAAUGUCAAGCAUGGGCUUUAAACCAGGAGUCUUUACAUACAAUACUCUUAUAAAUUGUUUGUGUAAGAAAGGUCAAUAUGGUAGAGCAAAGGAAAUUUUUGAUGAGAUGGUGCAUAUGGGCUUGAGUCCUGAUGCUGCUACUUAUAACGCACUGAUUGUUGAGUGUUGCAGAAAAGAUGACAUCUUGGAAGCUGAAAAGGUUUCGAAUGAAAUGUUACACCGAGGUGUUCUUCCUGAUUUAGUUACUUUUAGUUCACUUAUCGGUUUGUUUUCGAGGAACGGAUAUCUUGACCGGGCACUGCGGUUGCUUGGGGACAUGAAGAGAUCUGGCUUGGUUCCAGAUAAUGUGAUUUAUACAAUUCUUAUGGAUGGGUAUUGUAGAAAGGGCCUUAUGUCAGAAGCCUUGAAAAUGUGGGAUGAAAUGCUAAAGCAUGGUUGUGCUAUAGAUGUGGUUACAUACAAUACUUUUUUGAAUGGUCUAUGCAAGGAGAAGAUGCUUGCUGAAGCAGAUAAUCUGUUUUCUGAGAUGAUUGAAAGGGGUGUCCUUCCUGAUUUCUAUACUUUCACAACACUUAUUCAUGGACACUGUAAGAAUGGCAAUAUGCAUAAAGCUCUAAGCUUGUUUGAUAGAAUGACUCAAAGGAAUAUCAAGCCGGAUAUUGUAACAUACAACACUUUAAUGGAUGGAUAUUGCAAGGUAGGCGAAAUAGAGAAAGCCAAUGAAUUAUGGAAUGGUAUGGUAUACAGAAAGGUCUUUCCCAAUCACAUUUCGUAUAGCAUUUUGAUCAAUGGAUACUGUAAUAUGGGCCGUGCUUCUGAGGCAUUAAAAUUGUGGGAUGAGAUGGUUGCAAAAGGUAUUAAGUAUACUCUAGUGACUUGUAAUGCUAUUAUUAAGGGCUAUUGUCGUUCAGGUGCUGCAUCAAAAGGAUAUGAAUUCUUAAGCAAGAUUGUUUCAAAAGGGGUUGUUCCUGAUAGCAUUUCAUAUAACACUCUUAUUAAUGGCUUUGUUAAAGAAGACAACAUGGACAAAGCUUUUCUUUUGAUUAACAAGAUAGAAGAAGAAGGACUUCGCCCUGAUGGUUUUACCUACAAUGCAAUCCUGCAUGGGUUCUGUGGACGAGGUAGGAUGCAAGAGGCUGAGUUGAUAUUGUCCAAGAUGAUUGAGAAAGGUGUAAAUCCUGAUAGAUCCACAUACACAGCUUUAAUAAAUGGACAUGUCAGCCAGGACAACAUGAAGGAGGCAUUUCGAUUCCAUGAUGAAAUGCUGCAAAGAGGAUUUGUUCCAGAUGAUCAAUUUUAAUUGUUUACCAUCGCAGCUAUUAUGACUUGACUUCAUU